CGGGGGAGGGGAGAAAAAGAUCUGUGCAAAUAAUUGCACUCAUUUCCCCUUUCACAAAUGGAUCAUACAGUCUUUUGGGGGGAAUGAAUUCAGAGGACCUUAGGAACAACUGCAUCCACCCCCCAAAAAUGGAUAAUCCAUUUGCAAACAGGGAGCAUUUUUCCCAAUUGCCCCCAGCUUUGCUAGUGUCUGGGGGACAUUGAAAACUGAAGGGGUUUCCCACUUAAAAGAUGGACCUCUCAACUUAACAGCCAGAAGCUCCAGAGCUCUGUUUUUGACCUGUGCUUCUAAAAGGGUUAAAAUUGGGGGAGGGGUCAAGAAAGGGUACAAAUAUACACAAGUCAAUGUGACUGUGCACUUUCCCUCCAGACAAAAAUCAUUAACCCUUUUCAAAGCAACCUUGAAUUUUGACAGCUGAGGAGUACCUACUGUCAUAAUCCUGGGAAAGGGAAUCCCUGUGACUUUUGCAACACCCAAAUUGCUAUCAUUUUGAGAUUAAUUGAAAAAUCAAGGGGACCCUUGGGACAUGUGGCUGCCAGAGAAUCACACACCAUGUGCCCAAUCACAUUUUGGGAUCAUCAUGGGCAUUUCAUGGAAGAACCAACCCCCUGUGGGCUAUCACUACAAUGGGCUGUUGUGAUGUACAAAUUCUCCCAUAGGAAUAUGCACCAUUUUGCUGUAGAAAAGAAUAAUUUUUGAAAGUUAAAAUAAUAAAAUGUGCUUCUAUCACCAUGCACACGCUUGGACACCUACCCCAAAUAUAAAUCACAAUAUAAAUAAAAAUAAAAUAAAAUAAGAUGUUGUUAAGGAUAAGAAGAAACGAUGCUGUGGUGAUCCCAGGUGAAGACUGCAGGUGUGGUGUACCUGCCACUGUCCCCAUCCCUCUCACUUUCUUGGGUUGCAGGACCCUGAACUUCAGUUUUGAGCUGCAGACCUAGCUGUGCCACUGAUGUUUGUUUCUCUCACACUCUUCGUAUGUGCUCUGCAUAUGCAUGCAUUCCCUUUCCCACCAGUCAAAAAAUUCUUAGUCCAAGGAUAUGAUAUGCUAUGAUAUGAUCACCCCAGCUGUCCUAGCCUUCCUUAUCUUCGGCAUCUGUACCUGAGAUUUUUUUUAAAUGUGUUGCAUUUCUCUUAAAACAACAUGCUUUUUGGUACAGUUGGCUUCCAAAAACCAAGUGCAGCCAAAACCAAUAUUCACUACUUUACUUCUGGAACCAGAAUCGAAUAGAGAUAUUUUGGGCAAGGUUUGAUUUUGCUUGGAAUCUGAAUGCACAUGCAUUAAUGCCUUCAGGUGUACACACUUUCCUCAUAUACUAGAAGGCUCCACUGUGAACCUCAAAGAAUUCUUAAUUUAAAAUGCAACCACAAGCAAAAUGGAACUUGCUUUGUCCUAUUAUUCACAGACUUGACUACCUUCCACUGCCAGGCACUGCACUUCAGCAGAAUGAAAUCAAGCAGCUAAAGCCUCUCCCUCCAUUUUUAUCCCACACGUCAACAAGUUGGAAUGUUGCUUGUAUGGGAAACUGAGCCAAAAUUAGCUGUUUCUGACUAAGUUAAGUGCACCCUGUUUCAAAGUAGUUUUACUUGACACCAAAUGAUUGUAGCCUAAGCCUCACGGCUCUUAAUCUUGGGUCCCCAUUUUCAUGCCCUUUGUCCUGAGUCUGGAGUCUCAAGAAAGUGCAAGUGUGCGACUGCUUUUUUUCUUGGGAACAUGAAUUUUCAUGGCUAGCUGGCAAAACGCUGGGUCCUUUUAAAAUGGGGUUCUGACUAGGCAGUGCAGGCUUCUUGACCGUGAAAACAUAGCUAUGUGUCAUAGUCACAACUUCCCAUUUUUCUCUCAACAUCCUUUUUAAAGUGAUCAAGUGACCAAAAUCGAGUGUGCACAUUUGCACUUUCCUGAGCACCUAGAGGCUUGGGACAAACUGCAAAGUGUGCUGCAGGAAGAGGACUAACUGAAGAGCAAGGAGUCUUUGUACAAAAGAAGUGUAAAUUCCUUCAACUCUUGUUUGUUUUUGGUGCAAUGAUCCCUCAUGCUUUUGGUGUAUCUUGACAGCUCAUCUUUUGACAGGUGUCCAAAGAAACCGGCAGAGGGGGGAAAACAAUUUGAAGCCCUUUCUGGGCAGUGCAUUUGGGCAACAGACAAUCCCCUGGAGAUCACCUCAGUCACACAACUGUGCCUACAAUUUAAAAAAUGCUAUGUUUCUGCACAUUUUUGAGCAAAUAAAAUAAAAGAUUUGGCUACCACAGGCAGCCCCUGGAAGGUGCUACUGGGACUUUUUGAAGGGAUGGCCUACAGCUGUCAAAAUGGGAUCACAAAAGCUGGCUUGACAGUUGGCUUUCAUGACCUACACCCCCAGAAAAAAAGUUUAAAGAGAGAAAGGGCUUUGGCAAACUUGAAAUCAUCCAUAGUCAUGGUGGGAAGAGGGGGAAAGAACCCAUUCCUCUUCCAGGGUCUUCUGGGAAACCUGCAGGAAAUUUGAGGGCAGAAAGGAGAACCAGCAACCCACUGUGAGCCCCAUCAUCUGUCAGGAUCACUGUGGGUUGUUUCACAUAUGUCCAGCCCACUGCAGCUUAUUUGUAUUUUUUUGUAUUUUUAUAUUUAAUGGUAAUUUAUUAUGUACUAUUGUAUUUCAAUGUAUUUUAUCAUGUUGUAAGCCGCUCCGAGGUUUCGGCAAGGGGCGGCAUAGAAAUGUUAUAAUAAUAAUAACAAUAACAACAAUAAUAAUAAUAAUUAUUAUUAUUAUUUCCAGGGUGGAUUAUUGUGAUGUCCACCCUCCCUGACGGUCAACUUUCUCCCAGUGUAGAGGAAGAUUUCCUUUGCUUGAGGUGAACAAGUUAGGCUUUUAGAUUAUAUCUUUGGAUUUCUGUGUGGACCGUUACCCUGAAAUUUCCUAGAGAGUCACAGAUGCAGAAUUGGGACUAAAUGAUGACUUUCAUGGGAGACAGUUCAAAUCUCAGGUGACCAUCAUGAUUAAGUUCUUCUCACUCGACAUUUCACUUCUGAGACUCAAUCAGGAGGUCGCCCCACUGUUCUCUCAUAAAUCUGCAGUGCCCAGACAACUCUUUGUUGUAUAUGUUAAACAUGGGAUAUGUAAUAAUUAACUGGGACCACCAUGGAGAAUGAAAUAGGAACGGGGAAAAGAAUUCAUCACUAUGAGAAGACAAAUCACCAGCUUCCAUUUACUUUUAAGUGUGCCUUUUUAUAGAGGGUGCGGGAGAGAGCAUGAGUACCUUGUAUAAUGAAAAGCUCUUUGGGGAUUUGGGAUUACGCAAGAAGAAAGCUGGGUGAGAUAAAGAGGUCUGCAUUGCUUGCGAUCUGGUCUUUUUGAAAAGGGAGCCGCUAUCUGAGACAACUUGAUCUUUCCCAGCAACCUGAAAUACCUGUUCUCUGAAGCAGGGGUUGCUGCCUUUUAUCUGUUUAAGAACCUGCUUAAAUGUAAACACACUAGCUCAUCUGGUUUCAGUAAUACCACCCCAUAUCCAGCUGUUGAUGUGACCUGCUCCUAAGAAUCACAACACAGUGUACAUGUGGGGAAUGUUGGCAUGGCUUUCCUUGCCUUUUGGGACUCUUUUAAUUAAGCCCCUGUGAUAGAAACAUUGAAAUAAGCCCUGCGCAUGCCUGGAAAGGGAUUAUUGGGCCUUGUAUUCUAAUUGUUCUGCUGAUUUUGGUUCCAAGGGGAAAAAACUCUCAUGCAAUAGCUUGUAGAAGAUGUUUGAAAACAACCAGAUCAACCAGACAAGGCAAAAAGGAAGAGUGCCAUUUUGUGGUCUGUGGUGGAAUAGGUUAGUUUCCUGUAAUUUCCUUCAUGGUUUAACACUUAAAGAUAGAUAUCAUGUUAGGCUUUUAUAACUUUAACAGUUUCCUGGGUAGGGGAAAGAUAAGGUGAAAUAGAAGUCAUAGGUACUGAUCAUUAGCUUUACCUUACAGGAUCUAGCUGUAAGUACUGCACAUUGAUGGAAGACAAAAAGUAAGCUAUUGUUACUCACUGUAUUUAGUUAGCAAUAUCAGCUUUAGUCACUGUGUAUAUGUGAGGUAUUCACAUUUGUCACUACAAACUUAUUCCAAUCUGCAAUUCAAAGAAAACAGUUAAUUUAAUGUUUAAUUCUCCUUAAUUGCAACUUUUGUGCCCUUCCUCACUCACUAGGGCCUCUGUAAUUUUAAGAACUGUAUGUCAGACAGAAAUAAAACAAGAACAACUUGUUCCAAGGAUGAUCAGUCAAUUAUAAAAAGCAUCUGUCCAAAAAAGCAGCAAUUUUAAUGAAAGCUAUAGUUUAGGAAAUCAUGUCCCAGGGCUUGCUUGCUUUUAAAUAUUCUGUUACCACAUGUGUAUUCUUAAAGCCAAUAUAGCUACGAUUGUCCUUAAGGGGAAACAUUCACAGUUCGGUAAGACCUUUAUUUGGACUAACCAGCAUUCCAAAUGCAGUUGCGAUUACAUACCUGCUGCACCUAUCACUGACUGCUUCAUGGAGGAAAUAAUCCUCUGGAUCCUGCAGUGUUUGGCAGGGCCACAGGAUAAUUCAGAUUCCCAGAGCUGAGGUCAGAGACCAUGCUGUAACCUUGAGCAGGGAACUGGAACUUGGAUUCCCCUCCCUUUUGCAGCUGGCACAAACAGAACUGCUUUGCCAGCUGCUGUUUGAGGUCAGGCAAGCAAUCUUGCAGAGGGGGGAAGGGUGGAUGGGGGCAGGGAGGGGAUUGAAGAUGCUAGGAUCUGAUUUAUCCUGAUGCCUCUCCAGCUUCUUUCCUUUCCAAGAUGCUCCAGCUGGAGAGAAAAACAGUCUGUCUAGUGGAGCAUGCAGGGCGGAAGGAUGAAGUUUCCCUCUACCACUCUUCCCAGUCUGCAUUGGAUGCCUGUAAGCCUCUGAGCUGAAGGGGUUAUGGUCAUCAGCAUAGGAUUGCACACCAUCUGCAGUAUCUGUUUUGAGACUGGGGCUCUCUUAACUAUAGAUUUAAAAGCCAUUACAUGCAGCCACAGUUUUGGACUUUCUAGUUUCUCCCUGCACACUCUUGCUUUUAGUACCAUCUAGCAUGAUUAAGAGUUCUGGAGAGUUCAUAAUAGAAUUGUGGCUGGAUCUAAUCAAGAUAUUAACCAACAUUGUAUUCUUAAAUGCACACUGCUUCAUCACAUGGUUAUUCUUCUUAGUUCUUAAUUUCUUCAGGCAUUGUUCUCCUGACACAAGUCAUAGGGGACAUGACUCAUUCAGCCUUCUUGCCAUUCAUUUGGAGACACAGGAAAAGAUGGAAGACUGAAACUGCUGGAGAAAAUUCUGAGCUACAAGCUUUUCUGAGCUUAGCAAGAAUGGCUCCCCCUUUGGAAACACAAACAAGGGAAACACUCUCUUGAAAGAGAAAAUUAAAAUUCCUAUAUUACAAAAGAUAAAUGAUUAGGCCAAAAGAAUCCAGUCAGUGACAAACUUGUAGUUGGGGCAUUCAGUUUCUUGACAUAAGUGCUACUGGUAUUUCUGUUAGAACAUUUUCACCUGCUAACUUGCAGAGGUGCACAAAAUGCACCUUGCGAAACAGCAUACCGAGUCAUAUUUGGAAUUUUUUUCUACUCUGUUACUGUACGGACAGCACUGCUUUUGCAGCAUCCUUUCAGCCAAUGUUUUAAAAUGCUUUGUUUUACAGCAAACUGAGAACUAAACUAGAUCCAUGAUUGGAUUUUCCCAAGUUGUUUUUGUAAGCUUGAAAGCAGUCUUGGGGGAUGGGGUUGAAGGUUGGAUUAGGAAAGCAACACUGGAGAAAGUUAACCCUUCUCCCACAGCAUUUUAGCAGUUUCAGAUAAGAGUGAUUGUUUUUAGAUCUAGUUCAUUCUGUUUUUAAACAUAGCUGUGGGAUAAAACUAGCUUUGGAUGAAAGUAGCAUAUGCAGAAGAAACACCCUAGUGGGAGACUUACAUUAAAGGGUGGAUUGGAGGGGAGGCAACCCUGUUGGUUCACCUGGACCUUUCAGUGGUUCUUGGUACCUUCAACUCUGGUAUCCAUUUGGAGUACUUACCUGGUCUGGGCAUAGGAGGCAGUUUUCUGGUGCUUCAGUCCUUCCUGGAUAAGCAGUCUCCGAGGAUGGUGCUGAGGGGCUUCUGCCCCUCACCAUGUCCUGGUCCUCACCAUGCCCAUUGGCCUAUGCUUUUUGACAUCUGCAUGAAACCACUAAGGGACAUCUUUCAGAGAUUUGGACUUAUAUAUCAUUAGGAUGUCCCAGAGAGGCUGUGGAACAUUUGAACUAGAUCUGGAGGUGGUUUUGGGAUGCAUGUUGGGGGUGCUGUGGUUUGGGAAACCAGCUAUUCUGGAUGGAGGGCCAUCACUGAACUUUGAUUCAAACUUCCACACACAGCCAUGCACACACAUUUUUGGUCUGUAGGAGAAAACACACACACACACACACACACACGUGUGUGUGUGUGUAUGUGUUACCUCUCUUCUCAGCAUUUGCUUCAGCUCCCAACUCUUCAAAAUCUGAAAAACCAACACUGCCUAUGAACUGUUGUGCAGUCUGAGAAGGAUGUUGUUAUACAAGAUUAUGUGCAGCUCUAAGUUUUCCUUGAAAAUACAGCUAGCUGGUAAAAAAAAGAGAGAGAGAAUUAGAAGCAGGGCCACUGCCCAGUAAUGGACAAUCUGUGAUUAGGAAGACGCAACAUGGUCACUAAGAGGCAGUUAAAAUUAUCAUUAAUACUUUUCAGAAAACAGUUUCAUCUAUUGAGAUGGGAAGGAGAACUGCAUGUGGUCUAUUUCAUUUUUAUUCUUACGGCCACACAGUGAGGAAGUUAGGCUGGAAGAUGGUGAUUGGCCAAAGUUAUCCUCCAAACACCAGUGGGGAUUUCUCUAGUGCAAGGCAGACAUUCUGUCCACUUCUCUACACUGACCUUGAUGAUUUAAAUGUAAGGGCAAAUUUUACAAAUGAUCAAAGAAGUUCCAUUCCAAGUACACUGUAAUAAAUGCCCAGAGACUUCUGGUUGUUGGAUGGUAUAGAAAUCAAUUAAUAUAAUAUAAUAUAAUAUAAAUAAGGAAAAGGGUCCUUGUCUGAAUACAUUGUUCUUGCUUUGGUUUACACAGUAUCAUUUGGUUCAAAGUAAUAUGCAUGGAAGGGAGAGGCAAAUAUUUUAUUUGAAUUCCCACCCUUCCUCCAAUAAACUCAGAGUAGUAUUGUAAUAUUAUAAUCCUGGGAGGCUGAUUAGGCCAAGAGAUAGUGACUUGGCCAAGGCUGCUAAGUGCAGAUUUGAACUUUGGUUUUCCCACACCCAAAGCUAAUGCUUAAAAAAUUAAAAACCUGUACUCCUCAGCUUGACAGUUUGCAGUUGAUGUGGCCAGGUCCCCAAAACAUUUGUACAUCUCCAGCUAAAAGUUAAAAAAUAUUGAACAAUUGAGAACAAUACAGAGGACAAUGUUACACCUUUCUAUAAAUAAGAAGUCAGCUGAAGUACAAGUGUUUACAUUUAAGAAUGUAAAGUCUGCUGAAUCAGACCAGAGGCCUAUCUAGUCAAAGAGUUUGUGCCUACAAUGGCCAACGAGAAGCAGAAAAACCACAAGUGGGACUUGAAUGCACUACUACCGUCUCACUCAUAUUCCUUAGCAGUUGGCAUACACAGGGAUACUACUGCUCAUAUAGGUGAUAACAUAGCUGUCUCAACUGGUAGCCAUUUAUGACUUUAUUCCCCAUGAAUUAUUCCCCAGGUUUGCCUGGCACCAUCACUUUAUUCUUUUCAGCUCCAGGCUAAAACCUUUUUAUUUCCCCAAUGUUUUAAGGUCUGAACUGUUUUUAAUAUGGGUUUUAGUGUUGAUUUGUUAAGAAUUUGAUUAGGAUGCUGUGUUUUAUUCUGUUUUGUCCUAUUGUUAAACCGUCCUGAGAUUACGGUAAGGGAUGGUCUAAAAAAGUUUAAAUAAAUAUGAAUUUUUCUGAGCCGCUUUUAAGCCCAUUUAAGUUGGCAGCCUUCAUGCCAUGUUAGGUUGUGGUAGUUGUAACAUGAACUGGCCUAACACCCAAUCUGCAGGGGAAAGGUAAUUGACACCUUUCAAGGAAAGGUACAAGGAAAGGCUGCAAGGAAACCCAGGCUCCCAGGCCACGGGAGGGCUGGAUAGGGCUUGGGAAUGAAUGCACAAUGAAAAUUAUAGCCAAGGACGGGGGAAUUUGCACCCCCCCCAUGAGGGCAGGAGAUUGGGGGCAACAGGAGCAAAUGAUCCUCACCUGGAAUAUGUCAUACGGACAAAGAGAGAUAAAAGAAGGGAGCUGGGAAGGCUUGGGGUUCCCCUUCAGGAGGUUCCCUUCUUGCUGCCAGAGGCUUUGCCGAAGAUCUCUGUGCUAUCUUGCCUUGAGAAGACUAUGUCUGAUACUGUAUUCUGUGUUUAGAGCUAGGCUAGGGAAGCUUGGUUAUUUUGUGUCUGAGGAGGCCAACAGAGCCUGGUGUCUUGGGGGCUUUGAUCGGUUGCAAAUUGUGUCCGUGCUGCUUUCCAAUUCCAAUUCCCCUUUCCUUUCCCAUCCUUCCUUGUGUGUGAUUGCGCCUUGUGAGUCUUAGUGGUUGUAGACCCUCCACUCCUACUUUGUUAGCCUUUCAAAUAGAAUCCUUUCCCCACAACACAUGUGUCGCUGUGUGCUGAAUCCAGUGUCUGGUCUGGGAUCAGGGACCGAGGAGUCUCUGGGCGGAGGUUACAGCCCGCUGGGCUGCAGGGAGGUGGGAAUUCCAAGGCAUCUGGGCAGUGAAUUCCAUAGUUUAAUUAUGAAUGGUGUUCAACGCUUUUAUCUGUCUGAAUAUUCCACUCUUCAGUUGUGUUGGAUGAUCUUGGGAUCUCAGUAUUAUGAGAGAGUUUCUCCAAACCAUGGAUAAUUAUAUACUGUACUUCUAUAAUUCAUGGUCUCCUCCUCAUUCACCUUUUUUCCGAACUAAUGAGCACAAAAUGUUGCAACUUUUCUUCACAGUGGACCUGCUUCAACCCCUUGAUCAUUUUCUGCACCUUUUUCAGCUGUACAAUAUUGUUUUUGAUGUAUAGUGACUAGAACUCUGCCCAGCAUUCCAAGUAGAGUCACACAAUAGAUUUGUAUAAAAACACCAUGAUAUUAUCAGUUUUAUUUUUUAUUUCUUUUGUAAAGAUCCCUAAAUGGAACAUGCCUUUUUCACAGCAGCUGCACUCUGGGUCAACCUUUUCACUGCACUGUCUGCUACAUCCCUAGAAUCCUUUUCCUGGUCAGUCAGUGACAGCUUGUUCGUGUAUCUCUGAAGUUAGGAUUCUUCUUUCACUUACUUAAAUUGAACUGGCUUUGCCAUUUUAAUGUUCAUAUCCUCAUCUUGGAGCUCUUUGCUGUCUCUCUUUUUGUUCUAACUGCCCUAAAUAAUUUGGUGGUAUUGCUGGCAAGCUUGGCCACCUCACUGCUCACAUCCAGCUCAAGUUCAUUUAUGAACAAGCCGAGAAGCACCAGCCCCAGUACAGAGCCUUUCAACAGUUGUACAGAAGGUGUACCUUGAACAGAUAUCUGUAAGGCAAAAAAUUAUCAGACGCAUGGGAUGCUUUCCUUAUGUGGACAUACCAAAAGCAGAGAGAUUGUUUUUACAAAGGAGUCCUGUCAAAAUUACUGGUAAUUUUAAGGGAACCCUGUCGUUCACAAUGAUAGAGUACAUGCCUUGCAUUCAAAAGCUCUGGGGAACAGUCCCUAACAUAUCCUGGUAAGGCUGGGAAAGACUGAAACCCUGAACAGCUGUAAAUACAAACAGUACACAGCCAGACCAGUCUUCCCCAGUCUGUACCCCCAUCCCCAGUUCUCCCAGCAGCCAGAACAUGGUCAAUGGUAGGAAUGCUAGGAGUUGUAGUCCAAAAAUUCUGAGGCACACCAGGUUGAUGAAGACUGGGCUGGGUGAAGCAAUGGACUGACAUAGUAUGGAUCAGUGUCCUGUAGUCUAAUUGGACUCACAGUAUGGCCGUCUGUGGCCUAUUCUCUGCUAAGGAAGCCAGGACAAGAGAAGCCUUGGAAAACCACAGCACAGGGGGCUUUGCAAAAAGAGGACAAUUCACUGGUAUGUGGCUUCCAACUCCUGAAUCCUAGACUGAUAUCUCUUUAGGUGUAGCAGGACUCUAGUUCUGGCUCUCCUGUGAGGUUUCUGCAUAAACUGAAGCUACACUGAUUUCUUAGUUGGUUCUGUUCUCUCCUCACUUUGGACUUGUUUCAGAAGAAGGGCUGAUCAACUGCCCAAGCCUCUUGCUGUUGUCCACUUGCUGAGUAGGGAGUCCAGCAAGUCAGGAUGAGUGAAUUGAAAACAUAAAAAGGGGAAAUACUUUUCAACACUGUAAAACUUGCUGCUGAGGUGCCCCAAGAGAAGAAUGUGCAAGAUGGGUUUUUCUUCUUCUUUCAACAAAUAAUGCUGAUUUUUUACCAGUAAAAGAAAGCUUCUGAUUACUAAGAAUAUUGCACAAGAAAGCUGUUAAUGUUGUAUAAUAACGGCCAGCAACCAAGGAGACAUCGGGGUACCUGCUUGCUUUUCUCACUCUUCUACCUUUCUCGAUUGGGUCUUACUUGUAGUCUUUGUGCAGUUUCAAAUGUGGGUUCUGCACCUGCCCAGAGCCUAUUGCAAGAAAUAUAUCUAUAAGGUAGAGUUUCAGCAGGCAGCUGGCCUUCACCGUCCAAGUGCAUACUCAGGGGACAUGGCUCUCAUUUUCCUGACAAGCGCCAAGGGCACAUCUAGGAAAUGCUGGUCAGGGUAGAAAAAACAAUCAAAACUUUGUUUUAUUGCCUUUCCCAGUCUUUCAGUUUUAGUGUUCAUUCUUUUACAACCCACAAUUGGUUUUCUUCUCAGUUUUCUUGUCAGCACCCAGGGUGCUUAUUAUCUUUGGCAUCUUCAUUGGGACACCUGUGGCCCAGAAGGUUGCAUUCCUCCUCAAGAGCUUGUCUUGCAGUAAUAAAUUGCUGCCAAUGGACAGCCACUCCCUUUGCCUUCUGUGCUUGGAAGAGAAUCACCUUGUCAAGUAAUGCAGCCACUCUCCGGCUCUUAUACCUCAGGAGAGGAAAAAAGGCUUUCCCUCCACUGUCCCACCACCUUCCAUAUUGGUUAGUUGGAUCAGCAGGACCACAGGCGCUCUUAUGCAGGCACAGUGAUCGGAAUCCUACUUGCUCUCUGCAUCACUAUUGCUUUCCAUCCUGUUUUCUCAAGGUGUCUUGGGGGCUGCACAUCCCAGAAAUGGACGCAGGAGCAGUAUCCAUCUUUGGCAUGGUUCUUAGACGCUCAUUGGUACUCGAGUAGGUCACCUUCACCUCACUAUCAAGGGCACUGCUGUCCUGCCUCAGCUACUGUCUCCAAGUCUCCCUUUAAACCAUCGGAAUGCACAGGCUUGAGAAAUCCUGUUCACGCGGCUUCUGCGGUAGCUUCGUCAUAGGCAGUACUGGGCAAAUGGUCAUCUCUGUAGUUGCACAGUGCCUUGCCACCUCACUGCUCGGGCCAUUCUGUAUCGAUUGCUGCUUGGUUACAAUUUCAUAGUACUGUGUUGGGUGGAAGUUUGAGCUGGACAGGGGGACGGAAGCUGGUGCAAGCGAUGGGAGGUUGGGAUGCAGCAGAGCUUGGAACCUGCCAGCUAUCCAGUUUCACCCUGGAAGCUUCCUGAGAGAUUCAGUGCUAGCGCAGAACUCACAGUUGUACAGAUGGCCACUGAAAGAGCUGCAGGUGCAGGUAGGCAACCUAUCUUUAUUGCUUCAUCUGAAAACAUCUCUUGCACUGUGCAUGUGCAGAGGGCAAGGAGCUAAUUGUGAAGCAAGAGGCUUCAUUAGUACCUAUAAACAAAACAACUUCUAGCCACUGAAGUUGCAGGGUUGUUUCUUCUGCUACUCAUUAGUAGUGAAAGCAUUGUGUUGCAUGCACACUGCUUAAAGCAGCUAUAGUUCAAUCCUCUUCCAAAAUCGUGCUUGGGGAAAGUACUAGAGAGGAAUGUUGGUUAAUGAUUGUUAAGGGUGCAUGACUGGCUGGGGCAAAGCACUGGAAAACAGCAGUCAAGUGAAUUUCUCCCCCUUCAAAGUGCUCAAAACAAACUUUGCAAUCUAAAUACACAAAAAUGUUGAGUUGUGAAGCCCAGUUGUACUUUGCAACAGUGUUGUUUCCUGUUUAAUGGAGGCUUUCCUAAGCCAUUUACACCAUUGACUUUCUUCUCCCUUAAAAACAGGAAAAGGUGAUAGCUCAUUUUUAAAUUCUAAACGAUCUCUUACAUUUACUAUUUUGCUUUGAGGAAAUGCAGGUGUUCUUGACUUGGGUGUGCCACAAAUUGUGUAAAAACAUGAUGUGCAUCUUAGAUUAGAUCGAUUAAAAGCUGGAUUAGUUGGUGACAGACUGGAGGAAACAAAAAUCUGUCUGGCUGCAUUGUUCUCUGCAAGUUGCAUUUAGUUUGAGGAAUUACAUCAUCCUCAGAAUAUGAAAUCCUCUGACACUGACCAAAAUUUCUCUUUUCCUCUUAUUAUGGGACAAUAAUGCCUGGUCUAUUUAAGAAAGUGACAAGGAAUAGGAAUAAUAAUUCUUUUUAAAUGUUUUAGCUAACCAUGUUAUAUCACGACCACAAAGAACAGGACAGCAUGCCUCUUAAUGGCAGUGGUGGUUUCUGUGGAUUUAAUAGCAAGCUUGUUGAGCCUUGCGAGCAUUAGUUUCAUGGGAUCCACAAAUAAAUUAUAAGGACUUUGCGAUGUGUUGCAUUUAAGAGUACAUAUUGUCCUUACGUGCUAAGUUGCUGUGGUUCAAUUUGUAUAAACUUGUGACUAACAUAUUAACAAGCCCUCUGAAAAGCAGCAUGGUGUAGGUGAGAAAAGGAUAGGAAAGGACAGUGUUUUCACACUUGGAAAUCACACUGUGCCUUAUAUAGGAGCUCAGUAAGAAUGUGAGGAGUUCUAUUUCUCUACACUGCAAACAUUAAAAUGUUACCCUCCUUUCUCCUACUGGUCUUGCUGAUAUCUGGUUAUACAUUUCUUGGAAUUCAUGCAUUCAUAGACUCCCUUCUCAUGAUAUUUUUCUCCAGCAUGCCUAUAAAUCACCUGGUGUAGGAUUUGGCUUUAUGAAAGAGUCUAGCAGGAAAAAUUACCACUUAGCAGGAGAGAGCAGUGAUCACGUGACUCAACUCUGGUGUGCUCACUAGGUGUCCCCAAUCAAGUAACUAUUUCUCAUCUUCAGUCCUCUGUCUGGAACACAGAGGUGUUAAUGACAGCUUGCCUUGCAAGGUGGUUGCAAAUAAUGCUAGGAAAAUGUGUGUGAAGUUCUUUGUACAACUCAGGAAGCACGGUAUUAAAAUGCGAAGCAUCACUACUCUAGAUGUGUGCUCAGAUCCACUUCUUGCCAUGGCUAUGUUGUUAAGCUCUUUUCAGACUCAACUGAAGUGCAUAUAAUAAGUUAAUGCAGAGAAGCAGGAUCGUUUCUGCUCUCCCUGCCUCCAGGCUCCAUGCAUAGAGCAUCUUUUCAUUUCAGGGCCUUUGGAUGUGCAACCUUCAAAAGGCAGAUUCCCCAAAGGCAUGAAAAGAAGGAUUUGUUGAAGAGAAGUAGCUGAGCAUUCAGAGGAUGAGAGUUAGGAUGAUGGGUGCAAUUCCACUCCACCGGAUAUAAAUGUUUGUAAAAGGACUUCAGCUUCAAGCAAUCCUGAUUCAGUUUUAGGUCCCAUUCAGAAACUUCUUUCUCAGAGCCUGAUUUGGAGCUUAGGGUCAUGUAAUGAGCUCGUACACUGCUUCCCCUUUCCUUCCAGUAUUUGCUGCAACCAUAGGACAUUGUGUUUGGUCCAAAUUGGGGUGAACUGUGGUUAGAGCUAACUGGGAUUGCCAUGGAACCAUACUUUCAACCACACAUAGUGUUAUAAAUAUGAGCCAUGGCAAACCAUGGAAAGGAAGGAAAACUUGCAGGAGAUAAUAGGCAAGGCUGUCAUACAGAGGGAAUGCUGCUUCUGAACUGGACCAAAAAUUUUUGAAAAUGGCUUUUUGUGCUUUCCAGCUAACUGCACAACUCUGUAGCAUGGAUAGCACAGCAGAAUGUCCAGCAACAAAAAUGAGAGCUAGGUUGCUAAUGCUGAGCUGGAGGAAACUGCCAGAUCUUAGGAUGAGGUGAAUACUAUGUAUUUUUAAACUUUAUUUGGCUUGUAGUGAUGUGCUAGGGGCCUGGGUUCCUGGCUGGCAUCCUUGUGUGCUUACGUGUUGCUUUUCCGAAAAGUCUGCAUUCUUUUUAAAAGCCCCAUGAAAAUGAAGGAACAUAGUCUAAACACAGUGCAGCUUCAUUUGUCUGAGUAGCCCCACAGAAUUACAACUGCACAAAAGUGCUAUAUCUCUAGGUCUGUGUGCCGGCAUGGGAUUACUUCAAGUCCUGUUUACUUCCAGUCCUGUUAACCUAAGAGCAUACAGCGUUUAGAUUGACUCUUGCUGCAGGUUCUGUUUCUGGGUGAAGAAACAACUGGCUAUACAGUUUUUCAAUUCAUGCUCACACGGUUGCAAUUAAGUCUGCCUAGCAUGAAUUGGACUGUUUAAAUUUGUGGUCCCAGAGCAGAGUGCCAUUAUGGAUGUCAAAGGCUGCUGUGUCUGACAACUGCCGUUCACCGUCUGGACAUAGUGCCCAGCCUGAGGGCUGGUCUGGAAUGCGGCUGCAUCAGCUUUAUGGAGAAGCAGGUGAUAUACACACAGUUCAUGAAAUUCUCUCCCACUGUGGAGGGGGAAAACCCCCACACGUCUUUGUGUUGUGGCAAAAGGAGUCUUGGUGCCUACUGCCAGGCUGUGGAGUUGAAGACCAUUCUGUAUUUUGACUGUGGGCCCCCAAAAGAGAGCUGCCCUUACUCACACCUACAUGCUUCUUCAGCUGGUGCCUUAUAAAAGCUGGGCGUUUAACAAGUGUACAAGUGGAUGUUUUCUUGGCAUCCUUGAUGCAAGAUAUUCUGCCUUGCAACAUGAAGGAAACCAUGGUAAUUGUGCUGACCUGAACACAUUAGAUUAUUCAUACCUGUGUAUCUGAAAAUAUCACAUCCUUGGGAGAUCUCGAUUACCCAGGCAAAGAAAGAAUUAGUACCAUUGGCUUUGUAACUGGCUAUUUUUCAGUGGGUGCUCCCGUUUUGAAUUAGCAGGGAACAUAUAUCUCCAUGCCUUCCUUUGGAUGCUAGACCUGAAUCUUGUUGCCUGUGGGUAGUUUUCUCCUCCUCCUCCUCUUCUUGCUCUUUCUUCUUCUUGAAAUAGGACUAAUUUCAUUUGAGAUGGAUUCAACUUUUUACUUUGAGAUGGAAUUGCAAUUUUCUUUACCCGACAAGUUUCUCCUUAUUUCUGGAGCAUCAUGUGCAGCUUUUAAAAGCUUUUUGUAUGCUUUACUUCGAUCAUAAAGUAAGGCAGAUAGGAUUGGCGCAUAGUAUAAAAUUCAUCAAAAAGGUCUGUUUUGACAGUGAAACAGAAGAUAGAGAUUAUUAUUGCUUACUAGUUGAUGCCCACCUCCUCCUUUCUACCCACUGUGGAGGUGGGCUGGAUGCAGACUUGGGGAGAUCCACCAAGUGGUUGUGUGGUCUCCUAGAUAAGGCUGGAUUUUGCCUGCUCCAGGCUAAGCUGGGGGUUCAUGGAAGGGGAUAUAAGACAUUGGUGUAUGGAAUGAGAAAGUACCAUCAGGUAUUUGAGGGGCAUGGAAGCAAAAGGAGCUCUUAAUAGCAUUUUAUGCAUUUGUUUAAUGAUAUCACUCAAGUGGGAAACCUGUUUUUGUUGGACUCCAACUCUCAUCAGUCUCAGUCAGUGGUCAGGUAUGAUGGGAGUUAUAGUCCAACAUCAUCUGAAAGGCCACAGGUUUCCUUCCCAGCCCUUAUAAAUGAAAGCUAGGUUUCUUUAAAAUAUCUGAAGCAAGGGUGCAGCAAAAUCUCAUGCCUUGCCAAUCAUGUUUCAUUGUGUUCCCUUUGCUUGUCAAACAUUUUGAAGUUACUGUGAAGAAUGGCUCUGCUCCUACUAUGGAAUCCAUAACAAUAUGUUGUUAGAGCACCAGUGCGUUGCUCUAAUGCUGUACUUUCACAUUUAAAAAAGCAGGAAAUAAUUGGUUGGAGAGUACCACAUUAUGUAGUUUGACACACAUUAUAUUUCAGGGGGACCCUUAAUUUGGAUUCUUCUUCACUAUUACCUUCAGAGAGAAAGGACCCUUUCUGGAGAAUGGCAUGGCUGGUUUGCAACUAGGAGAAAAAGUAUUUACUUUUUACCUGCUGUCAUUUCUCUCCUCCCUUCCCAUCUAUGGAGGUAGAGCUAUACAUUGAGUUACUACAGUGCCUGAAUCCUGAUACGAAGCAGGGCCAAAAAGGGGACAGUGUACAAAGAAAUUGGAGACUGUAGCUGAUGAGUGUGGUUAAAGACUGAAAGUUUCCUCUGCUUGUGUGAUGUUCAUACAGUGAAAUGACAACCACUCCCUCCAACACACGCUUUCUAGUGACUGCAGUUUAGAAACUAAUAGGUAGGAAAAUGCAAAAUGGCUUAAUUGAAUUGCAGUAUUUAUUACUGACACUUAGUUGAGCUACUGCCAAUACCACUUUCCUCUUCAUAUUUAUUAAUGUACGGUUGGAUCCUGAAAACUUUUGCAGAAUCUUGGUACAUGUUUGUCCACUCCUCCAGUUGCCUAUUAAUUUAUUUCUCUAAGGAAGUGGCUCUUUUCAUCUAUGCAUUUAGACCUCAUCUGCAAACAAAAAUAAGCAGAAUCACCAAGUUAGGCAUGUCAGGAUUUACAGCCAAAUCUAAAUUACAGCACCUGAAAGCCUCCACUUAGUAUAAUGUCACCCUUAUAACAACUGGCGCCAGUGAUGCCAAUCCCUAAUGCAACAAGAGGCAGCUUUUAAGUCUCCUUCAGGAAGUCUUAAACUUUGAGUGGUGUGAUUUUGGCACAUUCCUCAUUCUUCCUAUAGGAAUAGGUUUUAGGCUGGGCCAUUUUGCUAACAAUGCUAGCUUUUCUCAACAAUCACAAGUUGUCUAUCUUGCUUAGGAAGUCUGCAAGUGAAUAAGUUGGGUGCCUUUUCCUCUAAUUUCACAUGUUGUUUGCUAAUUCCCAUGAAUUAAAGAGUAUGCAAAGCCAACAUUUUCAAGGAUCUAGCAGUUUUUUCUACACAGCCUUCUGGAGGGCCUUACCUGUGCUUUGGGAUAAUCAAGAGUUAGUUUUCUACCUGUGAAGCAGGAGCCAUCUAGUCCAGUCCAAUGAGAACUGGUGCACUUCCACCAUAAAUCCUAAAACUCAUUCUGGAAAGGGUACGGAAAAUGGCAACCUGAUUAUCAAUGACCUAAAACUCCUUCAGUAUUGGAGGAGCCUAAAAACAAAAAUCAGAAACAAAAAAUAAGAGUAGGACUUGAGUUUUACAAAAAGCAAACUGCCAUGACACAUGCUGAUUCAAACGUGAAUCACCAAUUUUUGUAGCACAUUGGUUAAUACAAUAACUAGACAUCACAACUGAAAAACUUUUAAGACUGUAGGAAAAAAAUCAUCUCUAUCCACCAUAAUCUAUCUCCUUCUCAUCUUUGCCAAGGGAAAAAGCAGUUGCAAAUAUUAUAUUUUUAAACAACUAGGCUAGUUUUUUAAAAGUUUGUUGACUGGGAUUCUUUACCAGGCUGUCUCUCACCAGCCUUUGGGAGGUGUGAAAAGUCCCCUUCAGUCUCCUCCAUCCAUGCUGAAUCAGUUGUGUGUAUCCCACCCACACACACAGGACAAGCUUUUGACACACCAUCAUGAAUGAUGCAGUACGUGAAUGUACUGUACAUAUACUUUCACUUUAUCAGUUUGAUAUUUGAUUCUAGAAUGCAAGCACUUAAUAUUAGCUGAAUUUACUUCCAAUGGGUUGGGUCCAGAUUUAAGCAGAAUGGACUGCAUUGGCAUUAGGCUUUCCUGUCUCUGUCUGCACAGCAGCCCCUCCAGAGCCCUCUGAAUAGGCUACAUGGAAAAUUAGAAGGAAAAGAGAUCCCCAAAAUUUUGCAGAGGGACCUUCCAUGAGAGCAGCCUAUCCUCUCACAGGAGGACUUUUCCUCUGACAGAAAUUGGGCCCUGUGUUCAACCCAAUAUUUAAAGCAGAGCAUAUAGCAAGACCGGACAAUAUCUAUUCAGUAUAACUAACUGAAAUCUUUCUCAGUUAACAUCUGUUUGUGGAACAGACUCAAUUGUAACAGCAUUUGUAUUGCUUCCUAGUUUCAAUUUCAAGGAAGAAAUUGUCUUCUUCCAAAAUACAAAUGUAGAUUGCUUGCCCUUCCUAAAGUUCAAUUCAGUUGGAUAGAAAUUUCCUUUAGUGGCUAAAAUGUUCUUGUUGAAAAAAUAUAAUUAAUCUCUCCACUUCCUUUUUGAAGUUCUCAUGGAUGCAAGUGAAUAAAGAGGUUUAGAAUAUAACGUUAAAUGCAAAUGUCAAUCCAUCUUUCCUUCCAAAAUCAGAGUGCUAAAUGCAAUAGGAUGUACAUUGUUAUUUACUAGUACUUUAUGCUUCCCCUGGCCUACUGAGACUGGGAAAUGUGGACACAUAGAAGAGGUGAGAGUAUAGGAGACAGUAUUGAAAGUUAAAUGACAGAGAAGUAGUUAGAACAGGCUCUGAAGUUUCCAGGGAUGGACUGUGGGGGGUGAUGGGGAAGGCAGGAAGGGUUUGGCCAAAAAUAUGGCUCAGCCCUCCACCCCAUUCCCUUAAUCUAUUGGGAGAUCCCACUUCAGCUCAAAAGGUUAAGUUUAACUAUGUCAACAUGUAAUAAAAAGUAGAUAAACUGGAUCUUUCAAGGAUUAGCAUUAAACAAUGAAACAGUGUCCUCUUCACCUCUGCUGGUAAAGUCUUGGUUGAUUUGGCUUUAAAGAGAUUUAUUUUGUGAAUUGGACUGCUAGAAUUAUGGAAAUUGGAAGGGAUGGGGGAACACAAGACACUGGGAUCGCAUGCAUGCAUGCACACACGCAUGCACAUGGAAAGGACUCCAUUCAGUCCUCCUGCUGAAAACCUUUGCAAAAUUGCUUGACAUCAACCCAUUUUUGUGUUCUUAGUGUUUAGGGGGAGGGGAGGGAAAGCUCUCAGUGGAUGCUCAGAGACUCUUCCCUUCCCAUAUUCUAGGACUAAGCCCUGGAAUCAAAAGCACUCCUUUCCUGAGUCCGGUGGAAGCGAAGCACAAAUUAAGGGAGGUUGGAAAGUUUUCCAUAAUGAUAAGCAAUGGUACAGAGGGUGUGGAAGAGGCUACAGCUGCUCCGAUGAAGGCAUCCCCACUGGCGUUGCUUCUCUCGCUGCUUACUGGGCCGAGGAACACUCUGCCAUGGAGUCAGUGACUGAUCUUCAGGGAGUCACUUGCUCAUCUCAGCUAAAAUGGGCCAUGAAGUGGCAUGUAAGCAGCAGAGUGCAUCUUGAUGCAUGAUUGGUGUUUUUCCUUGUCUUGCAUGCUUGCCUCACCCAUCUUGUCACCCAGAGCGCCUUGCCUGUGUCACAUCGGCAUCUUGCUUAUAGGGUCUGCUCCCACCAUUUGCCUGCCGGGCUGCUGGACUUUGCUCGUAGGCCUGCCCUCUACUAUACAGGUGUGUCCCUGUUCUUAUCUAAAAAAUGCUAGGAGGUGUGGUGCUAUGUGCCCUACGUUACACUGGACAAGCCUCUUAUAUGAAGGGUUAUUCAAGCCAAGUCUGGUUUGAAGAAUCAUGAGAAGGGGGAGGGCCUUGAAGUGGCCAUGGAAAGUUAACCGAAUGAACGGGCCUGCAGACUCGUACCCCUUGCUAUGGUGAGAUGUAACUGUAUUUGUCUUUACAUUGUAAGAACUAUUUCCUAAAUGUAUAGCUAGACAUAUGAAUUAGUAUUUGCAAAUCUGUCUGCUUUUGUCCUCUAUUUGGCGAUGCUUGAGAGAUUGCUGUAAUUGAAAGAGAUUGGUUUACCAAGGAGAUUCUUUCAAUAACAUUAUAUUUUAACAGUACUGCAGCUUUUUCUGUCCAUAGCUACUUAGUCUAAGCAGUACAUCCUCCCUCCCUCUCCCUCUCCCUCACACACACACACGUGUACAUGUGCCUGAAAUAUUUAGCUGACAUAUCUGUAGAAAAUGCACUGAGGCAUGUCUGCCUUGCUUCAUGCAUUGCUUGAAAUUCUUAAGCAAUGUUUUUGCCAAUUUGAAUGUGGGCAAAUUUAAGUUUUCAUUCUUUUUUGAGAAGCCAUAACUUUCACUCACUGCAUUAAACUGUUGCUGAAGGAAAACAAAUCUGGUUCUCUUCCUUCCCAACAGGUGGCUGUAACAGUGGCAAAUUACCAGCACUUAAGCAAGUAAUCUUGGCAUUUGUUUGUUUGUUUACAAUGUUUAUAUCCUGCCCUAUAUCCAAUCAGGAUCUCUAUAUGGCAUUACAUACAUACCGUUGCAACAUUUUUUCAACUCUGUGAGUACCAUAAGACAUUUGCUCUACUUACUAUGGGUUGAGAAUUGUCCAGACUAGUAGGAUUUACAUGGUAUUAAACUGAGUUAUUAAAAGUGCUUAGAGAGUCAUUCUGAACUAGAUGAAGUUCAAUUCUAAAUCCAGUUGAGUGAGGGACUGUCUGGUUCAUAAGGUAGUUUUCUGCUAGUCUUACUCAUUUUUACUGGACAGUCAAAAUAAUGAUUUUGAAAGUAGACCUUUAGUUGAUUAAGGAUGCAAUCCUAUCAGUUGUUCCCAGAUGAUCAAAAGCCCCCAAAUUCUCAGGCUUCUGACCAUCCAGAAUGGGGAGGAAGUGGUAGCAGCUCCUUGUCCUCCCACCCUGCAUUUUGCUAGGUGGGUUUUUUGUCCAUCUAGCAGCAGCCCUUCAAAAAAGGAUUAUGAGGCCUCAGGAUUGCUCAUCCCUUGGCCUCUGAUUUUCCAACCUCAGAGAUCUGCCCUCUUAGAAGUCUUACUAGAGCCUGUUUACCCCCUUCCUUCUGAAGAUGGAUCACUGUUUCCAACCUUGAAAGGCUGUUGCAAGCAAUCCUGUUGUCCCUGGAAUGCUCUCUCGGGGACCAUAUGAUUGCCCCCUAAAUGAGCAUGGAAUCUUCUAAAAUGGGCAGACAAAGGAUGUGUUAGCAGCUUAAAACAUUUCCUCAAUUGUCAUUUAGUAGUAAUUCUUAGCCAGAUGUGUUUCUGGCAUGGGGAAGGGGAAUUUUGAUAAUUUCCCAUACACUAAGUAUCACAUGCUUCCUUGGUACCUAGAGUCCAGAUCAGAAAUCUCCAAACUUUUGGCCAGGGGACAUGUGUGAAAUGUUGAGAAUAUGUCAUAGGUACUCAUAAAAUGCCUUGGUUGGUGUGGCCAGUCAUAGGUACCAUGUGCCUGAAAGCAGCUCUAUUUCAAUGAAAGCAAACAGAUAAAGCUCAGAGACAAGUCUCUUGGCUGAGAAAAUUAAUAUAAGGAAGGGACCACAUCUGCACCCCAAAUGUGAAUUCACUCUUUUGCCCCCAUGAAGCACAACAAAAUAGUCAUUUCAUGUACGGAGCCUAGAGAAGUGUUUUGUGCUUUGGGGCUCAUUCUGCCUUGUAUUACCUUGUAUUUUUUGGGAAAGUUUCUUAUUCGUUUAGUUCUUGGAAAUGAAGAUAGCACUGAGAGCUGUAAUUUCCUUUGCCUUUCAGUUAUUUUUAUUAUAAUGCUUUUUCUUUUUUAGAUCAGGAGGAGCAGUUAGCCUGGCAAACGAUUGGAGGAACUAAGCUGAGGGACUUCAGGUCAAAGAAACUUCUUGCUUCCUAAGUCAGUACAAACAAGUUUCUGCUUGUCUGUUUCUGGGAAUCAGGACUCUGACCUCAGCUCUUCUGGGCUGCAGGCAAGUCCUCUGCAACCUUCUCAGUCAGGUCUUAAUGCCCUGGGCAAUUGCACCAGUGGUACAUUUCAAAUCCAGAUCCUUUAGAAACAGGGUGCUUCCUCUGAGCUGAUCCACCUCCCACUCAAUACUCAUGCAACACUUGUGCUCCUCAGAACAAAUCCAGGCAUACACUUGUUCAGAUGGAAUGUGGAAUAAGAGUUUUUCCUCUUCAGUGUCUCUUUAUUUGACUUCUGUGGUGGCUAGCUGCCAUAGUGGAGCGUCGACAUGGCACCAGCAACCAUACGGGGCUAGAUGGCCCAAGGGGCUGACUCAGGCUAAGGUUGUUUCCUCUGUUCCCGCAUUUCCUAGCUUAAUCUUCUUGGUCUUUGUACAGUAUAGGAAAUGAAACCUUCUUGGAGGAACAAGGAUACCUAGGAAACAGCCUGUAUUAUUACUAUGAUGUAUUACUAUUAAGUAGUGCUGUAUUGACUAUCAAACCAGUGCAGAACAAUGUAAAACAAUACAAGAAAGUGAGAACCUUAGAAACCGUAAAAACAUGAACUGCAUAAAUUAAAAGGCUAAGUUUUUGAAUGUAUGCAUCCCGCAUGUGCCCUUUCACACAUGUUCAACAAAUAACCCUCUACAACUAAUGACUCCCUCAAAAGAACUUCCUGCAAAUUCUAAUACCUGGGCAGGUUCAUAAUGAGUCUGGGUUUUUUCUCUCUUCUAACAAAUUAGAAAAGUGUAUGUACUUAAUUGGUCUUGUCAGGAUCUUACCAUGUUCCUGAAAAAAAUUGAUGGAAAAAUUAUUUCAGUACAUUGCUUCUUUUAUCACAGCAGAAAGCAGUCUGUUGUAUACAUACACCAGUGUUUUCUUAGUACAUAUUUCUAACUAUGCUUGUGCUCUUCUAUUUUCUUGUGCAACAGCUUUAAGUGGUUAAUGUUUGUCUGUUUACAUUAUAUAGAGACCAGAGACCAGAGCCCAAAUCUUGGGUGUGGAAGUAAAAAUCUGGAAUGCACAACAAACAAUGUCAAAGCCAACAUACUCUUUGGCAUGAUAAAGCUUGUGUGUGUUGUACAUUCAUUUUCCUUUUUUGGGGGGUGAUGUUCUUUUGCACUUUACUCUGGCUGGAAGGAAAGAACAUUUUUCAGGUGUGGCAUGGUCUGUCAAAGGGGGGUGUGAUUCCAACAGUCUGAAAUCCAGGCAGGAAGUCUCAACAUGGUUUUGAUAGGUGGCUGAUUCACACCAGAUUAACAUUAUUCAAUAUUUGACCUUCAGAAUUCUUGAACUGUUGAAGUAUUGCCAGUGGUGUUCUUAAAGCUGGUAGUGUGCAAUUAAGCAUCGGGAGAAAGAGACCAGGGAGACUUGGAGAUACAUUUCCACCCACCAAUAAUUUUUAAAUCAAGUCUGAAAAGGAAUGUGCUAUUGUUGACCAUGUAAUGUAGGAAAAAAGCAAAAGCUGUUUAUCGUGUCUGUAGCAUACCAUUUCAAUCAGACAACUUUUGGAAGAAAACUGAAAAGAGCCCAACAAUUUUCACUAAUCACUUAGCUAGUUAAUCAUUCAGCCUCUGCCCAGGAACCUGUUUUUAACCAUGUGUGGCAUGUAGCCUAAUGCAAAUAUUUAUUUAUUGUCUGUAUGAUUCACUUCCUAUGACAUCAGUGUUUUAUAUGCUGCACAUUUGAUGACUUGCCAUCACUGGGCCGCAGCAUUUGCCAUGCGAUUGCAAACUUUGUCGACCUGCAUAUCCACCAACAGCAAAUAGAAAUUAAAUUUGCUAGAUGCAUUUUUGGUUCUUUGCAAGUUCUCAGACAGGUCCACCUUUUUUCUGGCCAGUAGAGUCUCUUAAAUAAAGCACCGUCUCUGAUCUCAUUGGAGCUCUCUCAUGCUGGUUGGCUAUACUGCACCAGUGCAUUGUGCUCAUUACCGCAGUGGGUGAGUGGUUAUGAAACAGAACUAUGCCUUAAAACUCCCGUGACUCUUAUUUGAUUUAUGCUACCCAGUUCAAUCUGUCUUUCAGAAAUAAAGCGAAAACAGAGACAGGAUCAUUAUAUUUGGUUGCAUCCAGUAAAUACACUGGUAGGCAUGCCAUAAGCAGAGCCGGCUGGAGCCAGGGGUCAGACUUGAUGACUCGGGGGACCCCUUCUGACUUGCUCUGUUUCUAUGUUUUUGAAAUUCCUGGCCAGUGGGACACAAUUACAAGCCAUUUCAGAGUAGUGAACUGUUCUGUGUACAUUCUAUAAUUUAUGAAACUGAAGGGGCAAAGGGGAUAUAUGAUGUUCAUUCCCAUUUGAGCAUGAUGCUUCAGCUAAAAGUAAACCUUGAACUCCAUGUUGGAGCAAAUGGAGUGGAAAUUGGAGGGGUAGGAAGAGGAAGGUAGAAGUUCCCUCAAUUUUAGUCCAUUGACAUUUUUCCCCUUGUCAUAGUCGGAGGCAAGAAAACCUAUGUGAGAAUGAAAUCAGCACACUUCAAUGUAUGUUUCUUUAAAACACCUCUGCAGGCAAGACUCCCGGCGAUGAUCUGGAGAGCCUAAUCUGCUGCUGCUUUGGUGAUGGAGCUGAAGGUCUGGGUGGAUGGUGUUCAGCGGGUUGUAUGUGGCGUCUCGGAUCAGACCACCUGCCAGGAGGUUGUCAUAGCAUUGGCACGUGCCAUUGGUCAAACAGGUCGGUAUGUUCUCAUCCAAAGACUCCGUGAGAAGGAGAGGCAGCUUCUCCCACAUGAAUGCCCUGUGGAGUCACUGGCCAAGUGUGGACAGUACGCCAACGAUGUGCAGUUUAUAUUGCAGCGCACGGGCCCCAGCCUCACAGAGAGGCCUUCCUCGGAUAAUGCCCUGCAGGUGCCUGAGAGGACGUUUGUCAGGGCUAGCCUGCCCAUCAAGCCUCGGCCAGUCAGCACGGAAGUGCCCAGACCGAGGCAGCCCAAAAAAUCCUUAACCUUCAACUUGGGUGCUACGGGCUCCAAGGAGCUGCUUGCAAAGAACAAGCUGAGGCAACACAGAAAGGAUGCUGUGGGCUUGUGGGACGGGGCUAGUGGGGGGUUGCUUUCCAAAGAGGAUUUAUUCAAGACUGUCCUGCACCAACAGGAGCAUCUGCACUCCCUGGAGAUGCAGGGGGAUGCCUUGGAAAUGGACAUCAGGCACUGGGAAUAUGGCAGAGGUGUCUGCCAGGAGGAUGAGGUCCUGUAUCUGGAACAGCUGAUCCGGCAAAAUGAGAAUGAGCUGAGUGAGGAAGAGUUUUGGCAGAAUGAGCUGCGCUUGGAAAAGGAGUAUGAAAAGGAGCGGCAGGAAAAGGUGUGCAGUCUGCGGGCCACCAUGGAGGAGUACACACACAAAAUCCAUGAGCUUGCAGCAAAAACGGAGGCCUUGGAGAGAGAGAUCCAGUGGGAAAUUUCUGAGAGGGCCAAGAGGGCAAAGGAAGCCCCUGCCCAGAGCCCUGCUGAACUAGAGGAGAUGGCAGUGAAAAUGAGAAGAGAUCUAGAAAUAAAGGCCAAGCAGAGUGUCCAGCUGGAGAGCAGUCUGGAGACUGUGGGGAAGGCCUUGGAGGAAGCAGAGCAAAGCCUUCAGGCCCAGAACCAAGAGCUGGAGGAGCUAAAUAAGGAGCUGAGGCAGUGUAACUUGCAGCAGUUCAUCCAGCAGACGGGAGCCAUGGUGACUGCUUCGCAGCCCAGAUCAGAGGCGGAACCCCAGCUGGAUCAAACUAAUUAUGAGCUGCCAGCUUACCAGAGAAACGGAGAUCCAUCCAGUGGCAGUACAGAUUCCCCUCCAAGAGCCACAGCCAAGCAGUUCCUCGGCAAUCCACGGAACCUUCAGAACCCCCUGGUGUCCAGCUUGAACCCUGAGGUCAUCUCAACAAAGCAGAGCAUCUGGAGGUAAAAAAGACAGCCAAGGAGGACUGAUUGCCUUGCGAGUAUAACUAUAUAGAAAUAAAACACUAUUUCAUGUAUGUAUUUGACUUCUUUUUAUCGCAGAUGGAUGGAUGUAGUUGCUCGUGUAAAAUAUUUUUACAGGCUUUUUAAAAAAUGAAAAAAGAAAACAUCUGUUUGGAGGAAACAGACUGGCUGUAUUUUUUUAAAUCUCUACUGUUGUAAUUUAAAGUGAAGAUGCAGUUUGUGGGUUCUCUGAAAUUGUAUAUAGCCAUUCUAUUUUUAAAAUUCAUCACGUAAUCAUGCUUCAGAAUAAAUAACAACUGCCUCGGAGGGCUGUGAAACUUGCUUGGGAAGAACUGUUCAAAGCAUAUAGUAGCAGGUCACCUCUCUCCAUUCUGAAGAUUAUACUACAAGCUGCUGCCGUACAAUGAAGGGGUAAAUUAUCAGCCAGACCUUUUUACUGGGCUGCAUCAAUGCACUGUAGUGCUCAUUUGUGUGGAUGUGUGUGUGUGUACAUACACAUUCAUACAUAUACGUAUAUUUGUUGAACAGCAAUUAUUGUCUUACAUGUUAGAUAUUUUGUGGAAAUACACAGCUUUUUGUUAGUUGAAGUGGGAGAAAUUUACUCUGUUCCUUUCCCGGUAAGAAUAUGAACACCAAGAAAUGCUGCUUUGGGACAGAGUGUGUUCAUGGCUAUCGAUGCAUCCCAUUCAUGUUGCUGAUCCUGAAUGCCCUUUCAGGAAGGGACCUUUCAGAUCUGGUAAAAUGGGAUUUAGGUGCUAGCACUGUCUUGCCACUUGUGCCUCGCGCCAAAUAUUAUAUCAUUCAGUUUUAUACGAAGAGAAUGAAAUUGCUUCAGCCUAUAGAAAUAUUUAUUCUCCGUAUAGUUUUUAGGUGGAGUAUGUAAUAGUUAUGAAUGAUAGACUGUUCCAAAGCUGAGAUUGUAAAAGUAACUUUUCCAAGUAGAUGGUGACUGAUACGUAAGGGGCAGCCUUGCGUGUAUGACGGGGGCGCUGGCUGCAAAAAGGACUGGCUUGGGUUUGCUCUUUUUCCUUGGCCAGAGUAGUUUCUACAGGGCUGCCUGUAAUCACCUACAGUAUGGCAAAGGCCUAAAUGCUUGCUCGACAGGAACCAGCCCAGUAGAAGCCCUUGGUCUCCACCUUUUCCACCCAGCCCAUUCCAGUCGACACCAUCUUGAAGUGUGCCUAGUUAGGCGUGGAAUCCAGGUCAAGCGGGAAAGUAGUGGAAGCAAACCAUCUCUCUCAUGUUCCCCAUUCAGAACCAGAGGUUCUCUGCAUAGUCGCGCUCCAUGGUCCCAUUCAGGCUGCUGUCGUACGUGAUACGGGGAAAGGGUGUGCAUGCGGGUAUGUGUGCUUGGCAUGCUGCCGUCCCCAGUGCAAAGCCGGUAAUGUGGUUCCUGAGAGAGGAAACGUUCUUCCCACCCUUCCCUUCCAUGCUUUUAGUCAGUAGCUUCUUGCAUUAUUCGUUAUGAUGCAACUUUGUAGCCAAGCCUGCAAGUAGACUGUGAAACUGAAUGUGCCAUUCCCAGUUUAAUAUGAAUGUCAAUAGAGGCAUGCUGCAUGUCGCUGCCAUUUCCCUAUUAUCUUGGACAAAGCUGUCUUAUCCCAGCUCGCUGUUCUCCCUUGAAGGCAUGUCACCUGGUGGCAAUAAUGGGUACCAUCCUCUGGGAAAUGUCACUUACGAAGUGGUAUAUUCUGACCUGAGCACUGCAAAGUUGAUGCUGCGUAUUCACCAGCCUAAGGAAAAGCAGCGUUUAGUAGAACUGUUCUUCUGAAGUAUCUGGAUCUCAUACCAUGCAUGAGACUGAUGGUGCUUCUAUGGAUAUAUAUUAGCAGGAUGGUAUGAAAGGUGUAUGCCAGGAAAAGUGCUUUGUUAAAUAUCCUGUGUAGUAGCAGAACCACAGAAGCACUAAUUAUUAUGCCAGGAAGUACAGAACUUCCAAGAAUGUAAUCAGCUCCUCUCUUUGGGCAAGCUGGCCUUCUAUCUCAGACAUUAAUGGAGUGCCAUCACCUCUCCUUUUUUUGAAACAUGCUGCACUCAAAGCAUUCUGUUAUUCAGAAGUUCAAAGUUAAGAAGAAAAAAAUGGUGAGACUUCCCCUGGGUUAAAUGGCUGUUCUUUAUUACAAAUUAGUUAUAACACAUUUUCAUUGUAUUUUCCCCUUUUUAAAUCCUUGGCUGCAGUUGUGUUUUUGGGGCCCAUGUUUUAAAAAGAGAGCUCUUCUUCAUUUUACCAGGUCUGAAUAAACCCCACACAUGAUCCAUUAUUGGAAAAGGAAUUGACAGUCAAAAAAUGACUCUGAUGCACUUGAUUCAGUACAGUCACCAUUACUUGCAAACCCAGCUUACUUUCAGAUAUGAAGCAGCGUGCUCCACUUCACUUAGGGCAGGCGUCCUGGAGUCUAAUCCCUGGGGGGGGGGCAGCAGGGGGGGGGGGCUGACUGGGACCAGACUGAAUCCUUUUCUGUUUUGCAAAUGUGAUUCUAUUUAACCUGUAUGAAUUUGAUCUACAAUAAUAGACGAGGAUAAAUUGUAACUCCACUUCUGUGGUAGAAGCUGCUUUUUAACAGCUGCAUGUGGUUGGAUUAUGAUAGGGGAAUGAACAAAGUAUUACUGGUGGCAUUGCUUGCUGAAGCCUGGCCAGUAAAGUUUCAUUUUUUGUGUAUUUAUAUUGUUCAAAGCUGAUGUUUGUUCUCAUUGUGAAACCAAGAGAAGCAAAUCUAGGCAUGGGGAGGUUGAAUGCAUGUUUGAGUGGGAGUCGAUGAAUAGCAUUGGAAGCCCUGACUUUGUUUUUAUAUGUUCUUUUGUGUAUCAUGUAUAUGAAAUGAGACUCCUGUUGUUCUUUGAUUAGGGGAAAAAGCAUAUUCCAUGUAUGAAUGUAUAUAUCUCAUGCACUGGUGGCAUUUUCUGGUUUCAAAUUGUAAUAAAACUCCUGAAAAUAA